AUGUUUGAUAGUUCCGCAAAGAAUCUUCCGAAGGUUAUUACAUCGAAUCAAUCAUCUCAGCGCAAGCAAUGGGCAUGGCCUCUAUCGAUAUUCUUUGCCCUUGUCACCGCUCUCCUCCUCAUCUUGACCAUCGUAUUUGCUAUUCUCUACGGUACUGAAAGAAUUCGAGUUGAGAUUCAUUCCAACAGCACCGACGAGCUAUGUUUAACUCCAUACUGUAUCAGAGCAGCACACGAUUUUCUUGAACAUAUGGACGAAACGGUAAAUCCGUGUGAGGAUUUCUACGAAUUUGCUUGUGGAAAUUGGAAGAAAAAGGCGAGAAUACCUUCUGAUGCUGACUUCAAAGAUACAUUUGAGGAAAUGCAGAAACAAGUUGUUGAUGAUAUCAUUGAUCUUCUAUCAUCGCCGGUAUCGAAUAUAACUACAGAACCGACUUCGGUAGUCAAUGCUCGUCAAUUGUAUGCUUCAUGUAUUGAUGAGCAAUCGAUAGAAACAGACGGCGUUAGUGUCAUUCUAUCUUUCAUUGACACUGAACUCGGUGGCUGGCCGAUCUUACUUGGUUCUAACUGGGAUGCAUCAACAUUUGAUUUAUCUCGUUUACUAUUGAAACUUAAUCAAUACAAUACUUUUCUCUUCUUCGAUAUAGAUGUUGCUAUCGAUGAGCAAAAUUCUUCCAAUUAUUGUAUUUAUGUCAGUCAAAGCAGUCUUGGACUUGUUGAUCGAAGUUAUUACAUGAAUGAUACUCAAAUAAAUCAGGCUUAUCGAGAUUAUAUGAAAAAUCUAGCGUCGGCAUUAACAAAUGAGACAUCGAUGAUCGAGCAUGAUAUCAUCGAUAUGUACGAUUUUGAAAGAAAAAUUGCUGAGUAUUUCUGGACAACGGCACAGCAGUAUGCGGCAGAUUAUAAUCGCACAACUUAUGGUAACCUUUCAUCUCUAAUGAACACGUCGUUUGAUUGGACGGAUUAUUUACGACGUGCCUUCCUUCUGGGAAAUGUUAGUCUUGUCGACGAAGAUGUGAUCAUGGUCAACGAACUGGACGUUCUGCAAAACAUGUCACUUAUCAUCACUCAACAAUCAUCGCGAACGUUACAGAAUUAUCUCGUUUGGCGGUUUAUGAUGAAUCAAGUGAAUCAUAUGCCGAAACGAUUCCGAGCAAUCAAACAAGAAUUUACAAGAGAAUUUCAUGGGAUUCUGUCCGAACAGCCACGUUCCGUUCAAUGUACUCAAUUUCUUUCACGAAGCAUGGGUUUAGUCGUGUCAAGACUCUAUAUUACUAAGUAUUUCGAUAAAGAUUCUCGUAAAGAAGCACUUGAAAUGAUUGAUAACAUUCGAUAUACAUAUGGUCAAAUGAUGAAUCAAUCGACAUGGAUGGAUUCCUUGUCUAAAGGUCUAGCCAUGGAAAAACUUCAAGCACUCAAUCAACGCAUUGGUUAUCCGAAUGGUCUUGAUAGUAACAAUGUAACUGAUCUAGAAAAUAAAUAUGCUGAAUAUAUAUUUAACGAGACACAUAUGCACCAUGUUUUAAAAAUCUUGCGUUUAAAAGCAAGGAACAAUUUUCAAAGGUUACGAAAAUCAAUCGAUCGAAAUGCUUGGACUUUUAUACUGCCGAUUGAGGUUAAUGCAGCUUAUUCUCCGUCGCUGAACCACAUGACUUUUACGGCCGCUAUUCUUCAACCGCCUAUGUUUCACAAAGAUGCCCCAAAAUAUCUUAACUACGGCGGAAUUGGAAUGGUCAUAGGACAUGAACUUACUCAUGGGUUUGAUACUGAAGGCCGACAAUUCGAUAAAAAUGGUAAUAGAGUGCGUUGGUGGACUAAUAAGACCAUCGAUGCAUUUGAGGAGCAGAAGAAAUGCAUUGUCGAUCAAUACAAUAACUAUACAGUAACUCAAGUUGGCCUACAGGUCAACGGUGAGCAAACACAGGGCGAAAACAUUGCUGACAACGGUGGAAUCAAAGAAGCAUUCUAUGCAUAUCAAAGAUGGACGAGAGCCAAUCAACAUGUUGAUAAAAAGUUACCAGGUUUAUCGAAAUACUCAGCUGAACAAAUGCUCUUCGUUAAUUUUGCUCGUUUGUGGUGUUCAGUAUCAACAGAUCAAGCUGCGAAGAACCAAAUUCUAUCAGACGUACAUUCACCUGCUGAAUUCAGAAUACUCGGUCCGACAUCGAAUUUUGACGAAUUUGAUCGAGUAUUUGGGUGUCGGCCAGGUCAGCGAAAUCAUCGAGUGAAUAAAUGUCAAGUUUGGUAG